AAAGAGUUGAGGCACAAUUUCCUGAUAUCAACGCGGAAAUAACGGUCAAGAAAGCCGGUUGCUGUGUAACACAAUGUCGUAAAGAUGAGUGAAGUUGGGUUUGUCUGAAAACAGAAAUCUGGAGUCAUGGCUUGUUCAUCACAGUCUGCCAAAGAUUAUAUCACCAAUGCCAGAGUUCACCUUGUUGGAGAAUUAAGGAGUCUCUCAGUAAUUCUUGAGAACUUGUUUCAGCAAGGAGUUCUCAUGGAUGAAGAGGUCAGCAAAAUAAAGGCAGAGAAAGAUGACUAUGAUAGAACCAGAGCAAUAUUGAACUCAGUCACUAGAAAAGGUGAAGCAGCCUGCUACAAGUUACUGAGGAUUAUUGAUUUGACGAGGAGGAGGACCUUAGAGAGACCAGCUCCUCUCUCCAGGAUCAGACAUGAAGCUUCAACUGAGGUUAAAACGUUUGACCUUCAUCACUGGAUCAGCUGCUUUUCUUUCAAGGAAGAUGAAGAAAUUAAUGUAAACUACAUUCAAGGGCCAAGGCCGUGCCACAGAUAUCAAUCACAGUUGAAAUCAAAAGGAAAACGUUUAUCAGAGAAGUUCUGGAGGACCAGUAAGAAUCUUUUUGAGGAGAACAAGAACCCUGAUCUGUCGUACACUAAACUUGUAUUAGACACAAAAGAGAAAAUCUCUCCAUCCAAAAUAAAGAAAUUUAAAACCAAGAAAAGCAAACUGAGUCGUCCUAAAAAGUUAAGGACUUACGUUCCAGAGAACAAACCAGAAAUCUCUCCCAGUGACCUGCUGAAAACUGAUAAAAACAUCCUACUGGUUGGGAAACCUGGAAUUGGAAAGACAGCACUGAGCCAUGAAAUGUUGAGACUGUGGACAGAAAGAGACGACAAGGAGCUGGAUUACAUGUUUUACUUUGACAUGAGGGAAAUGAUCAACAUCCCACCAACCAUGAGUUUGGAGGAUCUUCUUUUCACUGCAUACAUUGAACCAGAUGAGGGAAAAGAUGAGAUCUUCCAGGAUAUGAAGACCAACUCUGAUAAUGUUACACUCAUUUUAGAUGGAGUCACAGAUCUCUCUUCAUCCGUGGUGAAGAAACUUGUAGAUAAAGAUCUGCUACCUGAUGCAAAAAUCAUCAUUACCUGCAGACCAGCUGAUGAAGAAGACCUCUGUCUUGAAGACUGGCUCAGAGUGGAGGUGAAAGGCUUCAGUGAGGAGACAAUAAGAACAUAUUUGUCUACAACCCUGGGUGAAGAUCACAGGGAGGUUCUGAGCAACGUGGAGCUGUUGACUCUUUCUCAUGUUCCAAUGUAUGCUCUGAUGGUGGCUGCCAGCUGUUCAUCAGAAGACUCUCUGCAGCCCAGAACUGUGACUGAAAUAUACAUCAAUAUUGUUCGGUUCUGUCUCCAGAACAGCAACAAAACCAGCAUCAAGGAUCCCAAUCAGUUCAUCAGAACCAAGAGAAAUGAAAUCCUGUCUCUGGCUGAAGCUGCUUUUAAUGCAACUCAGAGAAAAACUGUGAACCUGGAAGAACUUUCCUGUGAAGACAGCUGCAUCCUUUCCUUCCUGAAACCACUUGUUGUCAAAGUCACCUGUACCAAAAGACCUGUUAAAUAUUCUUUUCUCCAUUACACGAUGCAGGAGUUCUUUGCAGCUCUGUGGCUUUUAAAGAGUCCUGAUAAGAUCAGGGAGGUUUUUCAGCAGUGCUUCACUGAGGAGAUGAAACACAUGAAACAUCUGAUCCCUUUCAUGUGUCAGUUGUUGAACGAGGAGAACCCCAGUUUGAUGAGCUGUCUGAUUCCAACUGAGGAGCUCAAGGAGACAUUUAAAUGGUUCUUCAAGGAGAUGAUUGACACAUUUUCUCCUAAAGCUGAUGACUGUGAACUUUAUGUUGACCCACUGUUCUUAUGCCAGUGCUUGUAUGAGUCCCAGAGCUCUGAAGCCUGUAUUUACUUUCUGGACAAACUGGACUUCUAUCUUGACCUCAGUGGAGAGAAUCUGGACCCUUAUUCUUGCUGUGCUGUGGCCUAUGUGGUCACUCAGUCAAAGGAAAAGAAGAUACGUCUGAACCUUCAGGAUGUGACGGUAUCUGAACAAGGAAUGAGACAGUUCCUUGGAUGCCUUCAAAAUGUUCAAUGGUCUGACCCUCUGCCUCAGCAGCUGUGGACGGUUGUUCUUCUCACUGAAGGGCAGACAGAAUAUAAAACAUUACUGCAUCUCUGUAAAAACCAGCUGCAUCUUCCAGUUGUAGGUAAAAAACAGCUGUUUGAAGGAGCUGUGAAGGUCAUGCAGAGGACAGCCGCAAAGGUCAAUGUCUGUCUCCACUGGACCCGAGGAGGGACUGUCUGCCAGAGUCUGAGUGAAUCCUUGUUCCAGGCACUGCCAGACAUCAGUGAACUCAGGUUUGAUCCUCUGAGCUCAGAUCUUCAUGAACUAACCAGGUUCUUAGUGAAUCUGUUCUGUGCAGCAGCAGAGAGAGACCAGCAGACAGGAGAGAAGAUGCUGGAGAUGUUAGCAUCAGUCUGUAGAUAUAAAACAUUCCCUUUAGAGGAACGAUACAUGAAUGAUGAAUAUCAGAGUGACUUCCUGCUGGAUCUGUACUCCCAGAUGAAGGACUGUGAGACUAAAACUGGUCUGAGUCUCCUUCCAUCAUUACAGUCAGUUUUCCAGUCAGCUCCUCCAGUCUGGACCAUAAAGCUCUCAGAGAGAAAGACCUCCAUCCUCCUGGAAGUGAUGAAACUCCAAUCAGAGAAGAAACCAGUGAAGCUGAUGGUCUGGUCACAUGAAGAGAGUGAAGUGAGGAGUUUCCUCCAGUGUCUACCUUAUAUCUCAGAGCUCAGGUCUGUGUUUGAGACAUCAGACAAUUUCAAGGAAACCAGGUUCUUAGUGAAUCUGUUCUGUGCAGCAGCAGAGAAAGACCAGCAGACAGGAGAGAAGAUGCUGGAGCUGCUAUCAUCAGUGUACAUUUUUAAAGCAUCUCCUCUUAAACUGAAGUGGUGUGAGUUCCUGCUGGACAUUUACUCGUAUGAGACUAAAGUUGGCUUUAGUGUCCUGCCGUCUUCACAGAGAAAGUCUUUCAUUCUCCUGGAAGUGAUGAAUCUCCAUUCAAAGCAAGAACAAAGAACCAGGUUUGAUCGUUGGAGGUCAGAUCUUCAUGAACUAACCAGGUUCUUAGUGAAUCUGUUCUGUGCAGCAGCAGAAAGAGACCAGCAGACAGGAGAGAAGAUGCUGGAGAUGUUAGCAUCAGUCUGUAGAUAUGAAACAUUCCCUUUAGAGGAACGAGACAUGAAUGAUGAUUAUUUUAAAUAUCAGAGUGACUUCCUGCUGGAUCUGUUCUCCCAGAUGAAGGACUGUGAAACUAAAACAGGUCUGAGUCUCCUUCCAUCAUUACAGUCAGUUUUCCAGUCAGCUCCUGCAGUCUGGACCAUAAAGUUCUCAGAGAGAAAGACCUCCAUCCUCCUGGAAGUGUUGAAACUCCAAUCAGAGAAGAAACCAGUGGAGCUGAUGGACUGGUCACAUGAAGAGAGUGAAGUGAGGAGUUUCCUACAGUUUCUACCUUAUAUCUCACAGCUCAGGUUUGAUCCUCAGAGCUCAGAUCUUCAUGAACAAACCAGGUUCUUAGUGAAUCUGUUCUGUGCAGCAGCAGAGAGAGACCAGCAGACAGGAGAGAAGAUGCUGGAGAUGUUAGCAUCAGUCUGUAGAUAUAAAACAUUCCCUUUAGAUGAUCGAUACAUGGAUGAUAAAUAUUUUGAAUAUCAGAGUGACUUCCUGCUGGUUCUGUACUCCCAGAUGAAGGACUGUGAGACUAAAACUGGUCUGAGUCUCCUUCCAUCAUUACAGUCAGUUUUCCAGUCAGCUCCUGCAGUCUGGACCAUAAAGUUCUCAGAGAGAAAGACCUCCAUCCUCCUGGAAGUGUUGAAACUCCAAUCAGAGAAGAAACCAGUGAAGCUGAUGGUCUGGUCACAUGAAGAGAGUGAAGUGAGGAGUUUCCUACAGUUUCUACCUUAUAUCUCACAGCUCAGGUUUGAUUUUUGUAUGUCAGAUCUUCAUGAACAAACCAGGUUCUUAGUGAAUCUGUUCUGUGCAGCAGCAGAAAGAGACCAGCAGACAGGAGAGAAGAUGCUGGAGAUGUUAGCAUCAGUCUGUAGAUAUAAAACAUUCCCUUUAGAUGAACGAUACAUGGAUGGUGAAUACUAUUUUAAAUAUCAGAGUGACUUCCUGCUGGAUCUGUUCUCCCAGAUGAAGGACUGUGAGACUAAAACAGGUCUGAGUCUCCUUCCAUCAUUACAGUCAGUUUUCCAGUCAGCUUCUCCAGUCUGGACCAUAAAGUUCUCAGAGAGAAAGAUCUCCAUCCUCCUGGAAGUGUUGAAACUCCAAUCAGAGAAGAAACCAGUGAAGCUGAUGGACUGGUCACAUGAAGAGAGUGAAGUGAGGAGUUUCCUACAGUUUCUACCUUAUAUCUCACAGCUCAGUUGUGAUCCAGGGUUCUUCCAGAGUGUUUGUUCGUCACUAUCAGUGAAAUCCAGAGAGGAGGUCCAGCAGCUGGUGUCUCUGCUGCAGCUCCUGAACUUCAACCUGCUGCUAACAGGAGAGUUACGCAGGAAAACCUGCAGCUCUGUGGGCAGAGUUCUCCAACUGUGUGGAUCUAAAGUGGAUCUGAUCCUCACCGCCAGCAAGAUGUCUGUUAGAGGAGCCUCCAUCCUCUUUAGAUCUACAACACAGCUCCACAGUCUGAGACUUUCCAACAACGUGGCCUUGUUCUUGUCUCAGUGGGUAAGAAGAGGCAGAGUGUCCUGUCCUCUGGUUGUUGAAGAGCUUUCUGUGGUGUCCACCAAAGCUCCACCAUCACAGAGAGUCUUGUUGAAGGUUGGCAGCAGUUUGGCGUCUCUGCUGAGGUUCUGGACAGUUGGACGGUUAGACCUGACUGAGUCCGGCCUCCCUGCUCAGAGUCUCCUCAGUCUGCUGCUUCAUGAUGCUCCUCUCACAGUCAGACUGAGUGAAGAGAGUCUCCAGCAGCUUCUGGUCCUCCUCCAUGAGGUCCAGGAUCAGGACCUGACGUUGUCCUUCUUGAAUAAGUUUGGUGGAGACCUGAGCUCCUGCCAGUUGAACUGGGAGCUUCUUCACUAUCUGCUGCAGCAGCCGUCAGCUCAGACCAUCACUGUGAACCUGAAGAAGAACCGCUUCUUACAGGAGAGAGCUACACAGCUGCUGCCCUUUCUGCACAGGAUGGUGCUUCAGAGGCCCAGUCCCAGCUUUGUGAGGACUUCCAUCAGAGAGAUCUACAGAGGUCACAGCAGUCACAUGAUACCCAGUCUGCUGAGGUCAUUGGAUCAUGUGAUCAACCUGAGCUGCACAGAGAUGGACUCAGAAGACUGUGCUGCUCUGAUCUUCAUCCUCAGACACAGUGAUGGAGUUAGACUGAAGCUGCUGUGGAGCUCCAUCCCAGCAGAGGGAAUACAGUCCAUCCUCCGUAUGCUGCACACAGUUUCUGAUCUCAGUGUGGACAGGAACCAGCUGCUGAGCUUCAUCCACUGCUGCGCUGCCUCUGACAGCCAGCAGGAGGCAGCAUCAUCCCUGCUGAGGACUCUGCAGCACAGCUUGGACCUGUCCUGCUCCUCCUUCGUGGAGCUACCAGAGGAGGACCAGGCUGAGCCUCUGAGAGUGACGGCUGCUGACUGCAGGGCCGUCUCCACCAUCCUGAGACACAGCAGCAGGGACACACAGCUCCACCUGAGAGACUGUGAGGUGGAGGACAGCGGGCUGGACCUGCUGUUUCCGGUCCUGGACAGGGUCCGUUUCAGAGUCAGUAAGACGGUUCUGGUCCAGCUGCUGACCCUGCUUGCUGUGGACAGCGAGACGGACACAGUGAGACGGGCCGUGUCUCUGUUUAGAGCCCUGGGAGAAGAACUGGAUCUGAGUCACAUCACACUGGAUCAGAGGCUCUGUGGAGCUCUGGUUCUGAUGCUGGACAACUCUGAAGGUCUAACAGAACUGGACCUCAGUCACUGCCAGCUGACGGACCAGCUGCUGCUCCAACUCAUCACACAUCUGCACAAAGUCCAAGUCCUGGAUCUGAGUCACAAUAAGAUCACUGAUGCUUCCACUGAUCAGCUACUCCACCUGGUCUCCAUCAACCCCUCCAUUGGUUCUGUGAGACUCUCCAACAACAACAUCCUCAACAGAACUCCUUAUAAGGUCAACAGGAAGUUUGAGAUCUGGUGAAGCAGCUGUCAGCAGCUAGUCAUGUGACCAACAGGAAGUCCCUGUCUCCUGGUCUCAUCAAAGACUGUCUCCUCAGGGUCAUCAGAUGGACAUAUUGGCUGCUAACACUGUGAGGUGGUCAGCAGUGGUCAGAUCUGUUCUUCUUCUGGUUUCCAUGAUUCAGUCCAGACGUCUCAGAGGAACCAUGCAGGAACUGAACACCAAGGAGGAAAACCAGUUUGGUACUUUAACUGGGCCAAAAGGUCUGAGAAUGGAAACAUUGGAACCAUUUUUAGUUCAGGUUUGAAGUUAAACCAGUUUAACCAGUUUACAGCUGGAUGCUCCACAAACACACUGAUCUUAGAGCAGUUUUCUGUCACAUUCAUUAUUUUAUCUGGAGAAAAAGAGCUGCUCUACAUAUUUUAUCUUCAAGUUUAUUUUCUGAACAGAGAAAUUAGGAUUUUAUUAUUCUAAAGGUUUUUAAAAUCAUUCCUAAAUUUCUAAACGAUGAGGUUUUAUAUCAGUCAUUUAUUUUCAGUGAUUUAAUAUUUCUCAGAGUUUGUUUUGGUGAUGUACGUUUUUAACACCAUAAUUCAUGUUCUAAUUUUAGGUUUCCAUUAAAUUUAGAGACGUUUAGAGGGACGGAGGUUCGAUUUACCAUAUCAGGGAUCUAUGCUGUAGUGGUGCUGUUUUUAUUCAUACCUCAGAGAAACAGUGGGAUAAUAUGGAUGUAUCUGAUUGGUUAAUUAAUUAGGGUUUUUUUAUAUUUCUUGAAAUAAAAUGUUGGUUCCUGGAUGAUGAAUGAUGAGCCAAUAACGUUUUAAAUGAUG